AUGGCGACAAGGCCGAAGAUGGGCGGCUCCGGUCGAGUUCCUAUCGAACCGCAACGUGUCGACGCGCCGCUUACACAAUCAGCGACGUUUCUCGUGCUGACAAUCAACGACAAAGACGAUCCCGAUGCUGUCAAGACUGUCCGAUCCACGGUCGCAAAAACCGACGACCUUACCAAAAACGUGGCUUUCCGCGAUCUCCAGGCCUCUUUUGCCUGUACUGUUGGUGUUGGCAGCGAGGCCUGGGACCAGAUCACCAACGGCCUGCCCCGACCUGCAGAGCUCCACCCCUUCCGCAAAAUCGAAGGCAAAGUUCACACGGCAAUCUCGACUCCAGGAGACCUCCUAUUCCACAUCCGAGCGGACCGACGGGACUUGUGUUUCGAAUUUGAACGGCAGCUGAUGGACCUGCUAGGUGAUACCGUGACUGUGGUCGACGAGACCGUGGGCUUUCGAUACUUCGAUGUGCGGGACCUCCUUGGCUUUGUUGAUGGGACGGCGAACCCGGUCGGUCCUGCCGUCGACGAAUCGAUCAUCGUCACGCAAGACGAAGACGCAGGGUCGGUGGGCGGUAGCUAUGUCGUCGUGCAAAAGUACGUGCACGACCUGAAGGCCUGGCGCGCCUUGUCGACCGAACAGCAGGAAGCCGUGAUCGGACGUACUAAGCUGGACAACAUUGAGCUAGAUGAUGCUCCAGAAGGGAAGCAGGCGGCGCAUAAGACGCUGGCUACUAUUGAAGGAGAAGAUGGUCAAGAAUAUAGUAUCUUGCGAGACAACAUGCCUUUCGGCAACCCGGGCGCGAAGGAGUUUGGCACUUAUUUCAUCGGAUAUUCAUCGCGGCUGUGGGUCAUCGAGAAGAUGCUGCAGCGAAUGUUUGUGGGGAACCCGCCAGGUUUGCAUGAUCGCAUUCUGGAUUUCUCUAGGCCAUUGACCGGCACGACGUUCUUUGUUCCGGCUGCUGGCGUGCUGGCUGGUCUUGACUCGGAUUGA